GCCGGGGCCGGGCCGUGCAAGGCGCACCUCUGUGGUUCGAGUGGCGGCUCCGGGGCCGCUGGGCCACGAGGCAGGAAGACGCGAGGGCAGGAGCCAGGGCCGGGCAGCAGCAUCGGGGGCCCAGACGGCGCAUCUCAGCUGCAGCCACCAUGGAGCCAGGCAGCGUGGAGAACCUGUGUGUCGUGUACCGGAGCCGUGACUUCCUGGUGGUGAACAAGCACUGGGAUGUGCGCAUCGACAGUAAGGCCUGGUGGGAGACGCUGACCCUCCAGAAGCAGCUGCAGCACCGUUUCCCAGAGCUGGCCGACCCUGACACCUGCUACGGGUUCAGGUUCUGCCACCAACUGGACUUCUCCACCAGCGGGGCACUCUGUGUGGCCCUGAACAAGGCAGCCGCAGGCAGUGCCUACAGGUGCUUCAAGGACCGGAAAGUCACCAAGGCUUAUCUAGCUCUGGUGCGGGGGCACGUCCAGGAGAGCCGAAUGACCAUCAGCUAUGCUAUUGGCAAGAAUAGCACAGAAGGCCGGACCCACACCAUGUGCAUUGAGGGCACCCAGGGCUGUGAAAACCCAAAACCAAGCCUCACUGAGCUGAUGGUCCUGGAACACGGACUGUAUGCAGGUGAUCCUGUCUCCAAAGUGCUGUUGCAGCCUCUCACGGGACGGACACACCAGCUGCGCGUGCACUGCAGCGCCCUGGGCCACCCCAUCGUGGGGGACCAGACCUAUGGCCAGGCCUCGAGCCAGGAGGACCAGCCCUUCCGCAUGAUGCUCCACGCCUUCUACCUGCGCAUCCCCACGUGCACCGAGUGCGUGGAGGCCUGCACGCCCGACCCCUUCGUGCCCACCCUCGAUGCCUGCUGGAGCCCCCACACCCUGGUGCAGCCACUGGACGAGCUCGUCCAGGUCCUGCGGGCUGCCGCAGACCCUGACCCCACAGAAGGGGGCCCCAGGCCCUGCAGCCCCUCCACGCCCCUGCCCGCGCCGGGCCGGCCCCCACCGACCCCUGCCAAGCUCCCUGAGACAGAAGCACAGCGGGCCUCCUGCCUGAAGUGGCUGUCGGAGUGGACGCUGGAGCCGGACAACUGAGAGCAUCAUGCUGGGGUGGGGAUGGCAGGCUGGGACUCCAAGGGUUGGGGGCUGCGGGUCACAGUCCUGGACCCAUCCCUGCAACGGCCAGGCCUGGAGCGGGGCCGGCAGGGCCAGCAGGGGGAGCCAGGCAGCUGUGAUUCCAGAGGAUGAAGCUCUUGGGCUGUGGGACCCACAUGGGCCUCCCUCCCAACACCCCAACCCCCACAAACUGCCCCAGAGCGCCUCCCAGGUUCUAGAGCCUCAACCCCAGGAGCUUAUUUGUGGACUUGAUCGGGGUCACCCUGGAAGAGGCAGAGCCAGGACCUGGCCACCCUCGAGGUGGGCUCCUCCUGGGCCCCCAGCCAACACCCCAGAGCACCCUGCUCCACGCUGCUUUGCUUGGACCCUCUGUGCCCAUCACCCCAGCCUGGCUGGGUUCUCCAUCUGCAGACCUCAACCCUCCUUGCUAGGCCCGUCCGACCUUGUGCCUUUGCUUCUGCUAUACUCUGCCUCCUCCACCCACAACCUGAGUGUCUCACAUGGUGGUGGGUGUGGGCCACACUCCUCAGCCCCCACCUCACGUGCCAUCCCUCCAGGCCUGCCCUGAGCGCUGCUCCAUGGGGUCUUCCGAGCCCCUAGUUGCGGCUGCUGCCUCCACCUGCCUGGCAAUUUCCAGGCAGGACCUCAGCCUGGGAGCAAGGGCAGCCCGCCAGCCCCCGCCUCCUCCAUGCCCACAACACGGCCACGCCUCCCCAGCCAUAGCUGAGCUCUGAGAACUGGGAAUAAAUGCUCAAUG